AUGGAACGGAGCUGUACUUCUUUAGAAAUUAAUGGAACCAGUACUGACGAGGAUAUGGUGACUUAUAUUGAUUCAUACAUAGAACUGUCACCUUUAACUAGCAAAUUUAGAGAGGAAAACCCCAACUUACAGUCUAUUGAGGUAAAGGAUGCAGAGAGACGAUCAGAUAUACCAAUUGACACAAUAAGUACGAAUGAGUCACCCAUUCCUAUCGGUCAUAAGGAGAAGAACAGCCCAACUUCGAAGCUUAAACACAAAAUGAAGAGGCUCUCUUUGAUAGGACAGAACCACUCAAAUGUUUCGAAUGAUGGACUGGAUAAGAAACAUAAAAGAUUUUCUUUGAACUUACCAAGGAGUAGACUUUCAUCCAGCAGCUCCGCAGGUUCAUCAUCUCAUUUCUACAGAGCUAGCGGCAGCUCUAGAUCGAGCCUCUCUGUGAAAUCGUCGAUGUCUAAUACAGAAAGUGACGAACUGGGAACUAACUUCUGGAAAUAUCAUAUCCUCAAAUUUGGAAAGGAUUUGUACUUGACCACCAAUCCCACAUUGAAGCAUGUUUACUGUCGUAAUGGGCCGGGAUAUUAUGUUGAGAUUCAAUAUUUUGGAGAUCCUCGAAAUCCUUCCUCCAAAAAUGGAUACUCAUUAACUUUCAGAGAUGUAGAAUCUAUGGAGAUGAGCAAGAAAAAGGAACCAAUCAUGAAGGUCACGAAGAAGCCUGAAACUGAAGGUGGCUAUUUCACAAUUGCAGUUCAUUGUCUGAAAGUAUUGAAGAAAGGAGAAAUUGAAGCUUCUGAAGAUCAAACAUUUAAGGGUUUAUCGCUCCCAGUCGUAAUAGAUCCUAAAUUCAUACCUGACGAAAUUAUUGAUGAUACAAACCAUUCUUAUCUGUUUAAAAAUUACGAAUUUAAAGACUUUCACGAUGUAAAAUGGGACAUAGGAUCCAUCCCCAGAGUAAGAAGCAGCAAAAUGAAAAAAUUAAGAACCAAGAUGGCUAAUGUUCCACGUGGAUUGAACGAGAAAGAAGAAGUAGAAGAAGAAGAAUCUGAUUAUUUAAAACUUGUGGGCAAAAAGAAUGUCUAUUUUCAUCGAAACUUUCAAGCGAAUGGUUUCUCAGGUAAGCAUUCUGAAGACAGACCGGAAGAACAGAAAAAAUGCUUCUACGGCGAUGAUAUACCCAAAGUUCUUGGUCUUUUCAGACCCUAUGAAAGCAAAAUUCACAAAAAAAUAAUCCAUUCCUUUAAUAAAAGCAUCAACAAGCUUCAUCCCAAGCAACAACUUUCGAACCGUAUUAGCAGUGACAGUUUGCAGUACGACAUUGGCGCUGGUUCCGAAAUUCACCACUACUAUAAAGCUGGCGAUGGUUUGUAUGGAGAUGCAAAUCCGCCUGAUGAUUCUCCCGAUGAUAACACUCUUGGAUGGAUCACCUUAUAUGAGUACCCAGUACUCGAAGGCACAACAAACAAAGGAAUGUACGAUAUAGUAAUGGGUUUAACUUUGGCAGUUGGAAUUGAAGCUUAUUUGGACUUCUAA